GUAUGCAGGAAGCCCGUCUAAGUCUGUGCACAUCGGGUCGAAAGUGCAAAGCUUUUGCGGUGUAGCUGCGCUUGUGUUGCACGUUGAAGCAGCGCUGGCGAAUAUGGGCGUCCACAGUGGCACGCUACCGGUCAUCGAAGCGACGAGAAAGGCGCUUCAGCGCUUCACGAUAACACGCACCGUGCCGAAAAGGCACGACUCGCUUUUCCAAGCGAGUCUAUGCGCUGCAUGGUGCUCUUCGCUUGGCUUCGAGAUCGAUGAGUGCUGCACCUGCACCUGUUGCCGAGCGCUACUGCGGCAAAGCUUCAAGCAAGCGGUCGAGUAUUGCUCCUACUCAUCUCUGCGCAUUUCUUCCUGCCAACGUCCCAAAUGGUUUUGUCAGAGGAAAGUCGACCCAGACGUGCGUCGAUAUCAAGAGGUACUGCUCGAGACCCUUGCUCUUCUUCCCUUUGCAAUCUUGCGGCUCCGGCUCGUUUCCGUUUCCAAUCUGUCUACCUCUGCAGCUCGGCUCGCCGAAUCCCGCCAGCGAGUCGAGAUGCGCGAGAUUCAGCAGCGGCGAUUAAACUUUGACGAUUUGAUCGCAUGAUGCAAAGAGAAGAUGGGGCACGCAACAGAGAUUAAAGUUUAGUGGCUGAGAGUCGCGAGUCCUUCCUGUCAUGCGUCCAUAUGUUGCAUGUGGACACGCUUGCUGGUGCAUGCAUGGAAAUCGCACCAAUCUUCAGUGCGCGAGAUGGGCUGCAAGUUCAGCUUGAGCAGCAGCGAGCGGGAGGG